AAAAUAGACUAACGGUGAAAUCCCAAUCGGGCGGCUAAAUGAGUUUUAUCCUUCCGUUUCAUACUAAUAAUACCAGACCGUGUGUUCCAGGAUCACCACUGUUCGUUCGAGAGGCUGGACACUCCAUACAAGUACCGAGGGGCGCGUUAACGGCGAUGUGAUUUAUGGUAUACUUCCCGAUCCGGGAACAGUUAUCGCAGCUUAUAAAGCGAUACAAAGCUCAGCAGCCGAAACCCCAUAACAAGCAAGUCUCCGGUUGCCUCGCUGGCAUCUGGCUCGCAAAGGGAUCCUGGCUGCAAAGAGGGACGCUGGCGAACACGCCUUAAGUUACAGGGGGAGACGAAGUGAUCGCAAACGCAUCAGGCUAAAAUCAGGCCUGUCUGUGGACAUCUGACGGAAGACUUCCCUUUAAGGGGGGACAAGCACCGCCCCUAACGCCACAGACAUGUCUGUUAACGUCAUCCAACAAAGGCAAACCAAAAAAAGUGAAUUUGAGGUGAAAAGGAUUUUUAACGCUGGACACACAACCGUUCUGUAACAUUUCUGUCUCCAGGGAUUCUUUGAGUUAUGCUAGAGCAAUAAAUAUGAGCCGGACUUGAAAGGUCAGUAUGAAGCAAUCCUCACUGGACAAAUCUGUUUGGAUAAAGGUGUCCGUUUAGCAUCGGGAGGUUUGGAAGUGCUGUGAGUAUCAAAGCAGGAGCCAGACUGACCUUUGAAUGAUGAGGAGGUUCCACCUGAAGGGGGACGUGCUGUGCACUGUGGUCCUGCUGCUGCUGCUCUGUCUGGUGCUGUAUUCCUGGAACGGCUUCCAGAACGUGUGGAACCCUUGGCCUCUAACAAAGAGGCUCACCAGCUCCCCAGCUCCCCUGACAGCCACACAUGAGAAACGGACAUCGAUACGAGGUCCCAGCAGGCUCACUGAUCGGGCCACAUGCCAAACCCAGUCCCGGGCACCAGCUGCAGUCCAGCCCAGGGUAAGCACAAGGAAGAAGGAGCCCCCUACUGGUUUACCUGCAGUCACACACCCACCUUUCGACUUCCAGCAGUACCUGCGGAACAAAGACUGUCGGCAAUUCAGGCUUCUGAUUGACCAGCCGGGGAAGUGCUCGGGGGGCCUGGAGGGGGCGCCCUUUCUGCUCAUCGCUGUCAAGUCAGUAGCGACCGACUUCGAUAAGCGCCAGGUGGUGAGGCGUACCUGGGGCCAAGAGCGCACCUUUCCGGGUGGGCUGCAGGUGCGGACCAUCUUCCUACUCGGCCUGCUGCAGAACCGGACCCACCUCCCGAUGUGGGACCGGCUGUUGGCUUAUGAGAGCCAGUCGUUCGGGGACAUCCUGCUUUGGGAUUUCGAGGACACCUUCUUCAACCUUACCCUGAAGGAGACGCACUUCCUCCAGUGGGUGGACCGCCGCUGCCCAGGCGUCCGGUUCAUCUUCAAAGGCGAUGCUGAUGUCUACGUCAACGUGGAGAACAUCCUGGACCUGCUGCAGGGGCAGGAGUCCGGCAAGGACCUCUUCAUUGGCGACAUCAUCGUCCACGCCCGGCCAAUCCGCAGGAAAGCCAGCAAGUACUUCAUCCCCGAGCUCAUGUACGGCCUGGGCAUCUAUCCAUCAUAUGCUGGGGGCGGCGGCUUUGUCAUGUCGGGUUUCACAGCGCGUCGGCUCCACCUGGCCUGCCAGCAGGUGGAGCUGUUUCCCAUCGACGACGUUUUCCUGGGCAUGUGCUUACGGCGGCUCGGCCUCCAGCCCGUCCGGCAUGACGGCUUCCGGACUUUCGGCAUCGUGCGGCCAUCGGCGGCCCCCCACCUGCAGAUCUUUGAUCCCUGCUUCUAUAGAGAGCUGAUGGUGGUCCACAGCUUGACUGUUCCUCAGAUCUGGCUUAUGUGGAAGCUCCUGCACGACCCCCAGCUGCUCUGCCACACACGGCCAUCGCAGCCCACAAGGCCCUUCAGGUGGAGAGGGAAUUUGGGCGGUGGACCCCAGGUGAAGGGCACCCCCUCGGACCAAGACUACUAAUUACUGGCAUUCGUGAGACACUGAAGACGUCAGUCCACCACAGACCAACCCAAAUAGCAUACAGCAUGUCAUUAUCCUUCAGCUUGGCAGUUACAAAUCAGCACAGUGCAAAGUCUGAGACUAGCUGUGUAACAAGGACUACCUUAAAAUAAGUGUUUAUAAAGCUGUACCACUGGCAAUACGAAAGGGUUGUGGCCCCCUCCAGCAUGCAGUGCAGGCUGAACAGACGUCCAAGUUGACGCCACGCCGUUACACUUUAAAAUCGCGCGACACUGUAAACAAUAAAUCACGAGUGACGACAGUCUGCAGCUGCACGCCAUCUUUGUCAAAAUGUAUUUUUAUAAUCUUGUGGUCACUUUUUAAAGAUGGUUAUUCCACGAGGGGGUAAAAAGGGAAAGCCGCCAUUUUGAAACAUGCAUUUCUAAGACCUGACAGAGGUAGAUGCAAUUCACAGUUCAUGUGUCUUAUACAUUUAUUACGGCACUGAAUGUAACAAGAUUAUCAGCAAAAACAAAUGAGGGUUCUUAAGAACCGCGGAUAUAGCGUUUAGAGCAGAAGAGAUGGCUCUUUCAGAUCAGGUACUUCAACGCUCCUGCAACACAGUAAGAGUGCGGACUUCAUUUCG